AUGGACGGUCCCAACGAAAGGCCCGAUGCCAAAGUACAAUUUACGACCGCCGCAUACCCGGAGGCUAUCAGAAAACUCGGCACCCGCGCAGGCUUCAUUGAACUAUGGCGCGAAGUUGUCCGCGUGAUCGCUACCGAUAAAUAUGCUCCCACAAUCAAAAUAGAGGAGGAUACGGCAGGCCUCAGGGCACUAUGGCAGGCAGCGACCGAUGGGCUCGUUAUCGAUUCAUAUAUCACGGACUCGAUCGGUGACGAGGAGAACAAGACGGCAAGAAGUUCAUGGCCUUGCAUCCAAGUCGCAUUCCACAACGAGUCGAUGACGGAGAAAAAAGCGAGAUCUGUGAUCGGAAGGUUGAGAUAUGAUGCAUUUGUGACACUCAGAAGAAAGUGCGAUGAUGCUCAAAAAUAUGACGGUCGAGUAGUCGUCCCCUUCCCUAGUUACUUCCGGUUGUAUGCCAAACUGCCAAACAAGGACCGGUUUUUCAUCCGAGAGUUCGCCGGUGAAAAGUUCCUGGAAGCUUGGGGUACGAUAGACUUCUGGGAUUUUGAGAAAGCAAUUCGUGACGACGAGGAAACCGAGGCAGCGGUGGCGACAGCAGGCAAGGAGUAA